GUCUGGCACAUAAGGGCCACGUUGUGAACACCUGCUGCGGGGACCAGCCUGCCGCUUCCCACCCCUCCCCGCACCCAAGCGAGACCUCAAGUUGACCUUCCACCCCGAAACUUUCCUCAGCCAGCGCAGCCACCGGCCGCCCAGUACGCAGGCGCGAGAAGGCGGGGCCCAACUCACGGCAGCCCCGCCUUCCGGGCGUGUAGACGUCACUGGACCGCGCCGCGCAAUAUCUGACGUGCCUGCGGCCCGCCUUCCGGAAGGAAACCCUGGCGGCUAACUAUGGCGACGGUGGCGGAGCAGUGGGUGCUGGUGGAGAUGGUCCAGGCGCUCUACGAGGCUCCUGCUUAUCAUCUUAUUUUGGAAGGAAUUUUAAUACUCUGGAUAAUCAGACUUCUUUUCUCUAAAACUUACAAGUUACAAGAACGAUCUGAUGUUACAGUCAAGGAAAAGGAAGAAUUGAUUGAAGAGUGGCAACCAGAACCUCUUGUUCCUCCUGUCUCAAAAGACCAUCCUGCUCUCAACUACAACAUCGUUUCAGGCCCUCCAAGCCAUAACAUUGUGGUGAAUGGAAAAGAAUGUAUAAACUUUGCCUCAUUCAAUUUUCUUGGACUGUUGGAUAACCCUAGGCUCAAGGCGGCAGCUUUGGCAUCUCUAAAGAAGUGUGGUGUGGGAACUUGUGGACCUAGAGGAUUUUAGGGCACAUUUGAUGUGCACUUGGAUUUGGAAGACCGCCUGGCAAAAUUUAUGAAGACAGAAGAAGCCAUUAUAUACUCAUAUGGAUUUGCCACCAUAGCCAGUGCUAUUCCUGCUUACUCUAAGAGAGGGGACAUUGUAGAUAAAGCUGCCUGCUUUGCUAUUCAGAAGGGAUUACAGGCAUCACGUAGUGACAUUAAGCUAUUUAACCAUAAUGAUAUGGAUGACCUGCAGCGACUAUUGAAAGAACAAGAGAUUGAAGAUCAAAAGAAUCCUCGCAAGGCUCGUGUAACUCGACGUUUCAUUGUAGUCGAGGGGUUAUAUAUGAAUACUGGAACUAUUUGCCCUCUUCCAGAAUUGAUUCGUUAAGUGAGAUGAGAGGAAGGCUCAUCUUUGGUCUAUCUUAUACUGAACCAAGGGCCAGCCAUGACCAAGCACCUCCACCUAAGGGAGCAGCACCCAUUUCGUCAGGACUUUCUGCCAGCUGAAUCUUCAGUCCUCUGCACCUUCCUAAACGCUACAGAAGAUGAACAUAUCUGAGAUUCUUCUCAAAAUAUAUUGGCUACUUGAGAGAUGUCAUUACACUCCUGUGAUUUAUACAGAAGCAUACUGUCUUGUCCACUCUGACUGGCGGGCUUCCCCAUCAAGAAGUCUCUUAGUGAAACUCCAUGCCGCUCAGCUAUGCCACGACCUCCACCAUAGUCUUCCAGUUUGCCUGUUUCUUUGGUCUCAGCAUUCUCUGCUACGACACACAAUGCUAAUGUCUGGAUUGCGACGCAUGUAAAUUCCAGCAAGGUGGAAGGAAUGAAAGAGGAUGAGAGAAAUCUAGCACUGCCAGAAAUUAAGAAGUGAAAAAUCUUGGGGAAAUGGGAAUGGACACAAAAACCAUUAAAGAGAGUUUAUUUCAUGAAGACAAGGUUGUUUUCACAUUCAAAAAAAUCAAUCAUUAUUACACAUCAUAUUUAUAGGAUAAAGGAGGAAAGUCCAAUGAUCACCUUAGUAGAUGCAGAAAAAGAAUUUGGUGUAACCCAGUAUGUUAAAUGACUUAUUUUUCUAUUGCAUCAUAUUCUUGACAAUCCUAAUGUUGUUUCUUGUAUUUCACAAACUCUAAAACCUAAUCCUGCUCAGUACUUUUCUAGGCUUACAUGUAUAUUUCUUAUGAAACCUUUAGGGCAUGUGUUUAGAAUGUAAAUCAAUAAGGAAACUCUUCCAGAAAACCUAAUCCAACUAGGAUAGUGUGUAUAGUAGAGAGGAACCCUCGUGUUAAAUAAAGACCCCUCCCCUAAAAAAUUAAGCAGUAUUAUAUUGGAUUAUUUCCCUGACCUAUGUGAUGAUUUUUAUCUCUGUAAUAAAAGAAGCCAUAAGUAUAGGAAGUGCCUGCUGCUCAGUUAUUAAGGUGAAUUUCAGAAAGAUUCCCUUUCUCUCCUAUUGAAUCAUUACUUAUUUCAGCAGAAGCUGAAGAUACAAUAGGAAGGCCAUUAAUAUGCAGUACACUUUUUGCUUCCCUUUCCAAUUUUAGUGUUUCUGGAGUCAUCCUUUAAUGUUGUGAUAAUAUUCAAUUGAGAAACUUAAGUUUUCUGUUUUUUGACAAAUAAUUUGAGCCCUCAACAAUCAAAAGUUUUUUUUUUUUUUUUUUAUUAAAUCAAGUGGUCUGCGGAUUAUCCAGUUCAUUUGGAUAAUACCCGCCAUAGGUAUGGAUCUCUUUCUAAUUAAUGUUGUCUGGAGAGAAAGAUGAAAACAGCUUUUUACAAUUUAAAUGUCAUCGGUCUCCUGUCAGAAUACGUUUUUAUUGUGCUUUAUCUUACAAGAUGGUACAUUUCCCUACUACUUCCUCAGCAUCUGUCAGGUAUAUUAGGAAAUGGGUUUUUUCCUCAGGUAAUUGCUCAAAUCUAUAAGAUGGUUUUAGGUCUACUCUCUCUGACCUGUUUUGACCUUUAAACCUCUUCGAGUCCUAGAUGCACGUUGCAUCUCUUUCUAAGAUCCUGGGAGGUGUGGCCAUUUGAAAAGCCUUCCCUUUUUAUCGCCAUUGAUAUUUACUGUUAUACCUCUCUGCGAGGGCUGCUUGAUGGGGGUGUCACAUGAACAUUCCCCCUGCUUGUUUUCUGUGCUUUAUGGGAGUAAUGUGAGCUUUCUGUUUUAGAUAAUUUACUAUGUUCUCCACUGUGGACAAAGCAGGGAGUGAGCAUAUUGCUGUAAGGCAAAACAGCAUGAUUGAUAAGUUCUGAAGGCCAGAGUCCAAAAUCAAGAUGUUGGCAGGUCUGCACUCCCUCCAGAGGCUCUGGGGUAAGAUGACCAGCUUGUGACGGCUGUUGGUAAUCCUUGGCUUUCCUUGGCUUGUAGCUACAUCUCUCUGAUCUCUACCUCUGUCUUCACGUCUUCUCAUCUCCCCUGUGUCUCUCUUCUGAAGAUACUUAUCAUUGGACUUAGGUACCCCCCCCCCCGCGCCAAUUCUCAAUACUCCAGAAUGAUCUCUUCAUUUCAAGAACCUUAAAUUAGUUACAUCUGCAAAGACCCUUUUUCUAAAUAAGGUAGCAUUCACAGAUUCCCGGAAUUAGGAUGCAGAAGUCUUUUUUUUUUUUAACUAAUGAAUUUUUAAAAUUGAAAUUUAGUUGAUUUACAAUACUGUAUUUGUUUCAGGUAUACAGCACAGUGAUUCGUAAACCAAAUAAAUCUUCUAUGUUUAAAGUACGCUAUAGUUUCCAAAGCAUUUUCAUUUUGAAUAUGAAUUAACAUUAACAUUAGCUGAACAUCACUCCAAACACCUUACUUUGGAGGUAAGUAUCAAUAUAUACCUCUUAGAUGGAUAUCUAAGAUUCUUAGGAUCCUCAGAUACAUGUAACCAACAGAGAGAGAAGGCACAUUGAAAAUGUGAUUUUGCAUAAGAAGCAGUGUGAUUUGGUGGAUGGGCACAUAGUCGCUGGAGCCCAACUACCUGGGUUCUAUGUAGAUCCUACCUCUUAUUGGUUGUGUGAUGAUGGGCAAGUCACUCCACCUCUCUGUGCCUCAAUUUCCUCAACCAUAAAAUGUGGAUGUCAAUAAUCCCCACCUCACAGGGUUUCCUUGAGGAUGAAAAAGUGCUUAGAACACCAUCUGGUACAUUGUAAGCUUUCAGUUAAGGACCAUCGUUUUCCUUGGUCUGAUUUCCAACAGACAGAAGGCCAAGGAGGAGCAGAGACAGGUAAGGAUAAGGAGAGAAGGAGUCAUUGCUGGGUCUGGGCUCUGUACGCUCUUCUGCAAUUCUGUCAGAUGUUUUAAGCAGAAGUUCAUCCAUCAUUUUUGGAGGUGCUUUACUCCCCCAGGUCCCAGGCAGCUCCCUAAGACUUCCAGGGAUCCUGAGAACAGGAUGUCUUUUGUCUCUUCUAGAGCCUUCUGUGGGUGGUUGGGGGAUGGGUAGCAAACAGUCUAAGGAGAACAUUUGCUUUCUUGUCGAGCUUUUACCUGUCUUUCCACCUCGUCCCCUUUUCAUUUCAUUAGACAGGGAGUUUCACCUUAGCUCAUUCUCUUCGUGCUCUGACACCGCACGGCACACAUUUGGUUUGAGAAUCACCGAGAGGUAGGCAGGACUUGUAAGACUGUGACCAUAUUACUGAUGAGAAAGCCAACUGUCAUAAAGUAAAGCUAUUUACUCAGGGUUGUACAAGGCUGUAAGGAAGAGCCAACGCCGUGAGUCUGUAACAAGAGCUCAUUGCUCUUGUCCUAGAAUCUAUUCACUCAAUGUUUACCGGGUCAAUGAGGGUCAGGUUGCACUGAUGCAGGGGGCAGAGGGGACAAAGAUUAAUAAAUAUAGAUCUUCUUUUUAAAAAAAAUUUUGUUCUUUGGCUGCACUGUGGAGCAUGUGGGAUCUUAGUUCCCCGACCAGGGAUUGAACCUGUGCCCCCUGCAUUGGGAGCGUGGAGUCUUAACCACUGGACCGCCAGGGAAGUCCCUCCCUGUGGAUCUUCUAGCAUGUUCAGAAGAGGUUUCCAUCAGCACAGCUGGUUGGAGCAUUUGAUCUCAUCGGGUAGUUUGUGCCUGAGAGAAUUAAGGUCUCCAUCAACAUGUUUGAAGGCUGUAUGGUGCAGAUACAACUGUGCCGAUUUUAAAAUAUGAUAAGUUGAUUCUAACAUUCUUCCAGAAGAGAAAAAGUGUGAGAAUGUCAAAGAAUAUUUCGAACAAGAGAAAGAUAGGAGACUUGUCCUACCAGAUACAAAAACAUAUUAGAAAUCAACAAUAGUUGGAAAGUUCUGACAUUAGCCAAGGCAAGACAAACGGCUCACCAAGCGGCUAUGGAUCCAUACGAAGAAGUAUUUGAGGGAGAAAGGAUGGCCUUUUUAUAAUUGUGGAGUGGGGACACCUUUUUAGCAAGGCAAAAUUUCCAGGCCAUAAUGGAAGAGACUGGCGGACUUGAUAGCAUAAAAAUUUGAAAUAGUUGUAGAGAGAAAGAUAACAAAGUCAAGAAAAGAAAUUUAAAAAAACUUGUCAUAUAGAUACCUGAUAAAACUAUUUGUUGGUACCUAUCCAAAGAAAGACUUUGCAAACUCUUGGACUCAAGAUUCCAAUUCUAAAACCCACAUCGUAGAAGUCCCCACAGAGGCACAUAUAGUUACAUGUUCCAGGAUGUUCAUUUCAGCAUUGUUUGUCGUAGGAAAAAAAUAAGAAACUUAAAUGUCUACGAAAAGAAAAUUAGUCAAAUAAAUUGUAACACAUCCAAACUACAGAAUACUCUUCAUAAAGUAAAAGGAAUGAAGGCCUGGUAUAGAAAAAUUCCUAGGUUAAGUCAGAACAAGGAACAAGAACAAGGCUGUUGUUCUGCAUUUAAAAAAAUCUAUUUGAAUAUAGGUAUAUAUGUAAAUAGAAACUGGUCCUGGAGGAUCUCCAAUGAACUGUGAAUAAGAGUUACCCCUGGGAAGGGGAGUGGAAUGGGUGGAAAUAGGAUUUUCAAGUUUUAUUCUUCAUGCCUCCUUAUUGUUCGGAUGUUUAAUUUGAACAUGUAAUCACUGUGUAAUUUUAAAAAUGUAAACAACGAGGAAGCAAGGCUCCUCAUCCCCAGGGACGAAGAAUAAGGACUUUGCACAUCCAUCUAAGCUGGGGAGUCAGACGAGCCGGGAGGCCACCCAGCCACUAAGGGACAGAAAACAGAUGUGGAGGAACCGUGAGCCACGUGCACUCACCAAUCCCCUGGUGCUCAGCUCCAAGCAGAGACUGUGGGUCGACUGCACAGGGCAAAUGAGGGUUUUCUCUUCACUUGAGCAAAAGAAAUCAAGAAUGUGGAAGAGGCAGAUGUGACAGCCAUAAAAUGAUGUAUCACCCACAGAUCUGAAGCCGUGGAAAUGGCAACUCAGCCCUGUUCUAACUCAACUCAGCUCAGCAGCAGCAGUGUUAGGAUGCGUAGGUAGAGAGACAUCUCUGCUAUCCCGGUAGGGCACUCAGGCCUGCCUGCAUGGAGGCAGCCUGUUGGGAGGUCUGGCCUCCAGACCUCUACUAGUUCUGAGCUUGUGAGCUGAGAAAGGGCCAAGCUGCAAAUACAAGUCUUUCUUACCUGCAAGGAGCUGGGAAACCCGACAACACACACUUUCCCUGCCUCUUUCACUUUCACUGGCAUCAGAGCCUAAACACGCUGGGAAUUUGAACAGAGGUCUCUCUCUUCAGCUCCAGCCCCCAGGGUGGGUGGGACACUCCGUUUCUCAGCUAUCAGCCCCCGUGUGGGAGAUGGAGGGGUGGGCUUGGAAUUAACCGCCAGGAGAUCUGGAUUGUCAACAGAACAUGCAGGAAGCUGGUUCUAAGCCGUGCAUGUGAAUUAAGGGGACAGAAAUACUCCUUCAGUCUUCAGUAUUUGGGGUGGCUUCCAUAAAGCAGUUGCAGGAAAAAUCACGGACCUGGAUGCCAUGUAAGUCCUAAGCCCUCCUGGAGUGAUUUCCUACUGGAUCAUGUAAGAGGUAAGAGAUCUGCACUCCUGUAUCGAGUUCUUUUUGCCAAUUUGUCUCAAUCACAUUAUUAUCAUUAAUAAUAAUAAUAACACAUAUUUUGUACUUACUACACAUCAGGUGCAAUUUAAAGUAUUUCCAUGUAUCGUCUCACCUACCUAAUUCUCACAACGGCUCUGUGGGCUGGGGCACGAUUACUCUCAUUUCACAGAUGGAGAAACUGAGGCACAGUCAGUUUAAGCCACUCUCCAGGUUCACACGGAUGGCAGGUGGUGAUGCUGGUUCUCCUCUAGAUGACCUGACUCCAGGGCUUCCUCUGCACUGUGCAUGGAACCCUCGGCAGCCUCCUCAGAUGUCACGGGGUCUGUGGACUAAAUGAGGGUGAGAGGACAAAGGGGCCCAUGGUGACGAGCAGCAUGGAGGGUGCCUCCAAGGAAGUUCUUGGAAGCCAUUAAGCAGGGGAGGGAUGGCGUGGGGCUCAGGGCACAGUCACUCUGAGGAUAAGUACCAACAAUCGGGGGAAUGGAACCCAAGAUUUGAAGUUUUCUGGCUUGUGCAUUGUCAUCAAAAUAGGACAUUGGUUGGUGUGAGGCCGAACAAAGGGGCCUCCACAUCCCCUGCGGGAAAGGUGUGUAUGGGUAGUUCUUUCUCAGUGACAGGUCUGUCUGGAGACAAGGAGAAUUUUCCAACUUGGCCUGGGAAACACUAAGACAGCAGGAGGAUUUAAGAUAAUUCAAAUAUAGUCCUUCAGCCCAACUCUCUAUUUCACAGAAAGAACUUGUUCAGUGAGGAGUAGGGUCUUGUCCAAGGACUCAUGGCUAUUGAGUAAAUGAGCUACGACCAGACCCUGUUCUGUUUUCGAAUUUGCCUUGGGCUGCCUCCUGUUCUGUUCUGGCAUACUGUCCUCUGUGCUGACGCCUG